UUGGGACGGGAGGGGCGAGAGGGUGAAAGGUCGCAGAGAAAGCGCUCGGCACCAACCGCUUAGAGUAGUGCGGGGGCGGGGAGGGCAGCAGGAGGCUCUUCCCUAGUUAGUGCCCUGCGUGGGGCCACGUGAUUGGAGAGGUCCCGCCCUCACCCUCCCGAGUCAGGUGUUCGAAUCCCGUCUUCAGAACUGGCGGCGUCCCAGUCGGGUCGGCGCGAGGCGCCAGAGGACCCUCCCUGAGGCUCAUGGCAGCGCCGGUCCGCCUGGGCCGGAAACGCCCGCUGCGGGUUUGCCCCAACCCGCUCUUCGUACGCUGGCUAACCGAAUGGCGGGACGAGGCAGCCAGUAGGGGCCGCCGCACGCAAUUCGUGUUUCAGAAGGCGCUGCGCUCCCUCAGGCGGUACCCACUGCCUCUGCGCAGCGGCAAGGAAGCUAAGAUCCUACAGCACUUCGGAGACAGACUCUGCCAUAUGCUGGACCAGCGGCUGCAGCAGCACGAAGCAUCAGGCGGUGACCAUGCCCCAAUUUCAUCUGGAGGGAAGAGUCCAGCCCGGGAAGGACCCUUUGCCACAGUCCAGGAUGCUUCCAUGCCACUUCCAGCCCAGCCCAAAGCAGGGGGCUCAGGCAGCUACUGGCCGGCUCGGCACUCAGGUGCCCGCGAGAUCCUGCUGCUGCUCUACAGGGAGCACCUGAAUCCUAGUGGCCACGGCUUCCUAGCCAAGGAGGAGCUGCUGCAGGGGUGUGCCCAGAAAGCCCCCAGGGUGGCCCCUGGGAAUACUCGACCCUGGCCAGCCCUCCGCUCCCUCCUGCACAGAAACCUCGUUCUCAGGUCACACCGGCCAGCCAGGUACUCGCUGACGGCGGAGGGUCUGGAGCUCGCUCGGAAGCUGGCUGAGUCAGAGGGCCUGAGAUCACUGGACAUAGAUAUCAGGCCAGAGGAGCCCCCUGGGGAGGAGCCAGAAGUGCCAGGAGCGGCCUCUGCUAAACUUGGCGCCAGUGAAGGGAGUGUCCAGCAGCCGCCCCUGGAGCUUGAGCCUGGAGAGUACAGGGUGCUGUUGUGUGUGGACACCGGCGAAGCCAAGAGGGCGGGGCACAGGCCAGAGCUGCUCCUCGAGCUACAGCGUCUGCGUGUGCCCCACAUGGUGCGCAAGCUGCACGUCGGGGACUUCGUGUGGGUGGCUCAAGAGACCAGGCCCAGAGACCCAGCAAGACCUGGGGAGCUCGUCCUGGACCACAUCGUGGAACGCAAGCGGCUGGAUGACCUGUGUAGCAGCAUCAUAGAUGGCCGCUUCCUUCCGGUUAAAGCGCUGUGGCCUGGGCCACCGAGUGUACCUGGUAGAGGAGCACGGCUCAGCAGACCACCUCAGCCUUCCCGAGAGCACUCUGCUGCAGGCUGUCACCAACACUCAGGUGAGCCCGGAGGGCCAGGCCAGGCUGGCGGGGACCCCAUAGUCCAUGGCUCCAGCCGGGAAGCCCCUUCCUCUCCUGGGUGGGCUCCUCUCUCCCAGGUCAUCGAUGGCUUCUUUGUGAAGCGCACGGCAGACCUCAAGGAGUCAGCUGCCUACCUGGCCCUGUUGACACGGGGCCUCCAGAGACUGUACCAGGGCCGUACCCUCAGCAGUCGCCCCUGGGGAGCCUCCGAGGCCUCUGAAUCAAGGCUGGGGCCCUCCCCAAAUCCUCUGUGCUCACUCCUCACCUUCAGUGACUUCAACGCAGGUGCCAUCAAGAACAAGGCCCAGUCCGUGCGCGAGGUCUUCGCCCGGCAGCUGAUGCAGGUGCGCGGAGUGAGUGGGGAGAAGGCAGCAGCCAUAGUAGACAAGUACAGCACCCCCGCCAGCCUACUGGCCGCCUAUGACGCCUGUGCCACCCCCAAGGAACAGGAGAUGCUGCUGAGCACCAUCAAGUGUGGCCAACUGCAGAGGAAUCUGGGGCCCGCUCUGAGCAGGACCUUGUCCCAGCUCUACUGCUGCUACGGCCCCCUGACCUGAGCUAUGCCACGAGGGCCGACUCUGCCUGCCCGCACAACCCCACCCCCCACCUUCACAGGCUAGCCAGCUUUUUAAUCCGAAUCUAUUUGGCCACAAUAAAAAUAUAAGUAUUUGCA